UUUAUUUUGGAAAGUAGACCCGCAGACGAAAUAAGGAGUGCGCAUGUGUAAACUGCUUGACAACAUAACGCCAAAAAUCACUUUCACCUUUCCCAGUAGGAAAAUAUUCAUCGAUAGAAAUGUCUCACCACAACAGCAAGCGUCAAGAACAAACAAAGCUGAUAGAAAAACUAACAAAGAAGCACACUUGUAAUUUUAAGAAGCAUGAGAUUGAGAAAUUGAUUUACAUGUACCAAGAGCUGGUGAAAAAUUCUCCUCCAUCAUAUAAAAUUGACAGAUCCAAGUUCCGAGACUUACUCCAUCAACACUUUGAAAUGACUGAUGAUAUUCUGUUGGAUAGAGUUUUCAGAGCUUUUGAUCAAGACAGUGAUAAUUAUAUCAGCCAGGAAGAGUGGGUGACUGGAUUAUCUACCUUUAUUGAUCAGUCAGAACCUGAAUCUGUCAUAAAAUUUUGUUUUAUGGUGUAUGAUUUAAAUGGAGAUGGAUACAUAUCAAGAGAAGAAAUGUUCCAGCUUCUGAAAUACAGCUUAGUAAAGCAAACACAUGAUGAAGAUUCAGAUGAAAGUAUUAAAGAGUUAGUAGAAUUGAUUCUAAAGAAAUUGGAUCGUGACCAUGAUGGCAGAGUUUCAUUAACAGAUUUUACCACAUCAGUGAAAGAGGAACCAUUAUUGAUAGAGGCCUUUGGUACAUGUCUCCCUUCACAAAAAAUGAGGGACUGUUUCAGAACACUGAUUUGUGAAGGACAAGCAAAGAAACUGUGAUAUUGAUGGCUAUGUGACAAUCAUUGUUAUUUAAUUGUUAUUAUGAAAUAAAAUCUGCUAGCUAAUUAGUAGGUGCAAUACUCUGCACUGAUGAUUUUAAAUUCACUUGUAAAUGAAAAAUUGUAUUCUUUCUGCAUUUGACAGUAAAUUAACAACAAUUAGUGGCAGAUUUUGAUGGGUCAUUGUUUUUCCUAAACCCACAGAUGAAUUCAAAUGGUUUAAAUGAGUAAUAAGGUCAUUAAUAUACCCAAAUAGUGCAAAUGCUGUAUUUGAUACAAUUGGAAUCGUCAGUUGUAAACUAUUAUUGUAAUUUUUUAUUGACAAAUGAAAAAUAUUUAUAAAAUAUAUAUACUAUUAAAUUAAUUUGUAUUGCAAUAAUAUUUGCUAGUUUGGUGAUUUUUUUAAAUUAGCAGAAAAAAUAUUAUGCACAUAUUUUUUAAGUCAUCUUUCUUAUUGUCUUAUGUUUUAUAAAUGUUGUAGGUCCAUGCAAUGGUCUUAAUUUUUUUUUUAUUUAGAUCUGAAAUAUUCUAUUAAAGGAAUCGAAUUUUAAUGGUCUAAAACUGCCAAUUUUACUAUUUGGUAAAUAACUUUCUACUUUUGAAAAGUGCUUCAUAUUUCUUGAUACUGACCUUACUAAGCUCUCAUGUUUUUUUUGGCAAUAUGGUAUAUUUCCAUAUGCUUUUAUGUUUAUUUCAUAUUUCAAAGUUAUUUGUAUUAGUCCAACAGCUAUUUAUUUGUCUAUUGUAGCCCAAGUGUAAAUAUAUUGUAGCUUGGUUGCAGAGUUAUCUCCCAUCUGUAGUACAUUUUGCAAUAUAGCGCCUAAAAAUAAUAUGUUUGGAAUAAUGCUAGAGAUUUCACUUCACAUAACAUUAAUUUUGACUAUUAAAAUUCAGAAGAUUAGAAAACAAUACAUCCAAACAAAACAUAAGAUAUUACUGAUCUACUGUUUUUGUGUUCUUAAUUUUUCAUGUAACAAUUUAUUUAUUUACAGUAUCUAUGACAAAAUGAUUUAUUACUCUAGAAGACAUCUUACUUGAUUAAUAACAAUUAACAGUUGCAUAUAUUUAUGAUAUUUGGAGAUGUUAAAUGACAUUGAAUGCUUUAAUGUUAAUCUGCAAUUUUAGAUGUUAUACAUUCCAUACAAUAAUAUUAUCCAUACAUGUAACUUUAUAUUUUCUGUAAAUAGUCACUUUAUAUGUGUUCUGCACAACUUUAGGUUGUACAAUAUUAUUUGAUAUUUUACACAGUUCUAUAUUUUACUCUUAGAUUUCUGCCUAUCUUUAUUAAAUUUAUUGAUAAAGUUUAUAA